CGGAUACCAAGGCGUAUCCGGUGCGCCCGAUCCAUUUUCCGCAUUUCGACUCUCGCAGUACCCACCGCGCGGCAAGCUGCUUACGCAAAGAAGCCGCAUGACCGACCCGUAUCCGCGCCCGCCCAUGAGCCGCGCCGAGAGCAUGGCGCCCCGCUCGAUCGAGUCCAGCUGGAGCAACUCGUCGCUGCGACAGACGCUGCCACGGUCGGCCUCGGCGGUCUCGCUGCCCGUGCAACACGCGUCGUCGCUGCAUGCGCCGGCGCACGUUAUGGACCACAAGACCGAAGCGCAGUUUGCGUCCGAGAUGAAGCACGCGCUCUCGAUCGUCGACAAGUUCUUUGGGCCGUCCGUGCUCCAAGACCACUCGAUUCCGCGCGAACUGCUCAUGGAAGCGCAAGGUCUUGUGUUUCUCACGAUCUACAAGCUCGGCUUUCUCGUGUCGGGCAAAGGCGGCAAAGGCUUUGUGAUGGCGCGCACCGCGCACGGCUGGUCGGCGCCUGCGUUCAUUGGCAGCGGCGGCAUUGGCUUUGGCAUGAUGGUCGGCGGCGAGGUCGUCAACUACAUCAUCAUCCUCAGCUCGCGCGGCGCCGUCAAGACGUUUACGCGCAACGGGCAAGUCCAGUUGGGCUCCGAGCUCGACUUGGCGGUCGGGCCCCUCGGCCGCGCCGCGGCCGCCAACUUGAACGUCGGGCGUGGCGGCGUCGCCCCCAACUACUCGUACUCGCACUCGAUGGGCCUCUAUGGCGGCAUUGGCCUCGCCGGCGCGAUCAUUGUCUCGCGCAAGUCGUUCAACGACAAGUGUUAUGGGUCCCAUGUCCGUGUCAAGUCGCUCUUGGCCGGCGAAGUCGCGUGCCCGCUUGCACAGCCGCUUUGGGAGGCGCUCGAUAGCGUCCUCAACAUGACGCGCGAGUACCGGAACGGCGUCCCGGUCGUGAACCCCCGUGGCGCCGUGUGCCACGAGUGCGGCUUUGCCAACAAGACGGGCGCGCGUCAGUGCGAACGCGAAGCAUGCCAGGCGCUCUUGGUCUACUCGACGGGCCUGCACUCGGGCAAGCGAACGAUCGGGAAGCUCGUGCUGGCCCCCGGCAUGCAGUAGCUACGACCUCUUGGCUGUAAUGUAUUUUCACAUGAUUACGUUGAUGGAUGGACA